AUGAUUGACGCCACCUGCAAUUAUUUGAAUCCCUAUACACUGUCUCAAUCAACAGCCGUACAGCAGCAACAGCAGCAGCAGCAUCAGCAGCAUCUACAACAACAACAACAACAACAACAGGAGCAACAGCAACCAGGUCAUGAUUUCAUUAGCACCACAUUGCUCUCCGCCUCCGCCUCCGCGUCCACAUCCACGUCCAACCGUGACUCUAAUGGCUCCUCCCCGUUGGCCUUCUACGGCAAACAAGCAAAUGCAUCACCAACAGUUUCCGCAUCCACCUCACAUCAAGUGGUGCCGCCAAUGAAAUUGGAAAUGCAAUAUCCGCCGCAGGCAUCAUCUACUGGUAGUGCAUCGGCCAACUCCAGUAUAUCACAGUCAGCAGCUUCCUCGGCAUCGGUGUCACCUAGCAUAUUCCCAUCUCCGGCGCAGUCCUUUGCUUCGAUAUCCACUAGUCCGCCGGCCGCAGGUGGCUCCUCGUCGGCCACAGCUGCAGCAGUGGCAGCUGUAGCUGCGGCUGAUUUGGGUGCCGCAGCGGUGGCAAGCGCCACCUACAGCUGGAAUACGGCUGCAUACACAGCGCUGCCAACAAGAACUCAAUUUCCGUAUGCGCAAUACGCAACUUAUGGAAAUGUGGCAACGGUUGGAGUUGCAGCGUCGGCAUCGGCCGCCUGGUUCUCACACCAAGAGCGACUGUACCAGCCGUGGUCAUCACAAAGCUAUCCAAGCUUUAAUUUUGACGAUAUCGCCUUUCAGACUCAGCUUCAGCGCCGGUCCGUACGUUGCACCUGUCCCAACUGCACCAACGAAAUGAGCGGACUGCCACCCAUCGUCGGACCCGACGAGCGCGGACGCAAGCAACACAUAUGUCACAUUCCAGGCUGCGAGCGCCUUUAUGGCAAGGCUUCACACCUUAAGACCCAUCUGCGUUGGCACACUGGCGAGCGACCGUUCCUAUGCCUUACGUGCGGUAAGCGUUUUUCGCGUUCCGAUGAGUUGCAACGUCAUGGACGCACCCACACCAACUAUCGGCCAUAUGCAUGUCCCAUCUGCUCCAAGAAGUUCUCGCGCAGUGAUCAUCUUAGUAAGCACAAGAAAACCCACUUCAAGGACAAGAAAACGAAAAAAGCCCUAACCGCCGAGGCCAAGGAGCAGUCGGCGGCCAUCAAGCAGGAGAAGUCCGAAAAGGCAUUUAACAAUAAAAAAGGGAUUAAGAGCAAAACUGCGACAGUAACGAUGCUCGGUAACAAUAUGCAAUUCAAACAGGAGCAGCCAGAGGCAACAAACACCUUGGGCUAUGCACCUUAUGCGAAUCUCAAUCAGCAAACAGCGAAGACAGCGGCAACGGCCGUGGUGGUAACGACUCUGCCGCCACCACCGCCUCUAUUCCAGCCACAGCAGCAGAGUGAACCCUCGGCAGUAUCCAACAGUAGCAGUAGCACCGGCAGUUAUGAACCCUGGUGCACCAGCACCAGCACCAGCACCAGCAGCAGCAGCAGCAGCAACAAUAGCAAUAGCCACAGCAAUAUUCGUGCCAUGGAACAAAACCAAACUACCUCAGCGAAUGCCAGACCCACAUCGGAAGGCUCAGCAAUGAUUUCUAGUAGCAUCAGCAGCAGCCAGGCCCAACACUAUACAGCGCUCUCCAUGCAGAAUGAGUCGCAGCUGGCCUCGGAAUAUGGACUAACCAUGUCCGGGCUGGCAAGCGGCGCCUGUGAUAAUAGUAGCAGCAGCUGUAAUAAUUUAAGUAGUGGAUACUCUGGCCUUGUUGGUCCUAUGAAGACUGAUUAUACCGGAAACUAUCCGGCUGAAUUUUCUAGUGGCUCUGGCUAUGGUUAUGCACAUCAUCACGUCGCUCACGCCCAUGCCCACGCUCACAACCAUCACCAUCAUUAUCACAAUGCGUGGACCGCCGCUUAUCAUCCACAUGCAGCGGCCUAGACUUAGCAUUAGUGUGGAUUAGUACCUAAAUAAAUCCUUGUU